UAGCCUCCUCCGUUUGUACUUUCCAGUUUUUGUGGCGCUUUCAGGGUUGCCGUCAAGGGCUUGUCCGUCCUGUUACUUUCAUCGUUUUCUAGCAGGGGCCGCGGGUGGAGAUGGCGGUCGUCUUGCUGCAGGCCUUAGAGCGGGCGGAGUUGAACAAACUCCCGAAAGGUGUCCAGAACAAGCUGGAGAAGUUCGUGACGGACCUGCAGAAUGCUAACGAGGCGCUGAAGACGCAGCAUGAGCGCUUCAAAGCAGACAGCGAGCAACAGUACUUUGACGUUGAGAAGAGACUGACGGAGAGCCAAGAACAGAUCCUUUCUACCACAAAAGACCUGCAGGUCCUGAAAGAGGAGAAUAAAAAACUAAAUGAAGAGCUGAGCUCUCUGAAGGGAAUCGAGGAUGAGUCCAAUGAAGAAAAACAACCAAAACAGCAAACCAAGGCAAAGUAUGAAAUUGAGGCGGAGAAGAGAGAAUUGGCGAGACUGCUGGAGAAGAGAACGCAGGAGGUGGAGAACCUGACGGAGGACAUGAAACGUUUGAACGAGAAGCUGGCAGAAACCAACAAAAUAAAGAUGGAGCUCCAGCUUAAGCUGGAUGAUAUACAGUCAUCGGCAACCUCUGUGCAGCACCGAGAGAAACGAAUGGAGCAGGAGAAAGAGCUACUGGAGAAGAAAAUUGAGUGGUUAACUGCGGAGCUGUCGUCAAAAACCGAGGAGUUACUGAGCACCAAUAGGGACAAGGGCAAAGAGAUCCUGGAGCUGCAGGGCAGUCUGAAGAGCAGCAGCGAACAGGUGAGCAGGCUUGAAAGUCAGCUCACCUCUCUGAAGGAACUCGGUGAAAGCCAGAGCAAAAGAGCCGAAGACCUCAAUAACAAACUGAAACAGGCAAAGGAUGAACAGUUUGCUAUGGAGGAGAAAUACCGCGUCGAGCUCAACGCUCAUGUCAAGUUGUCGUCUCUCUAUAAGGGGGCAGCGACUGAGAUGGAGACAAAGAACCAGGAGCUUAACAGGGCAGUAGAGGAGCUCAGCAAGCUGGUUAAAGAGACAGGCGAAACUAAUAAGAUUCUGGAGAAGAAAGUGUCGGAUGCUGAAGAGCAGAAAAUACGUCUGGAGGCGGAACUUAGUGAGAAGAUAAAGAAAAUGGAGAAGGAGCUGGAAAAUGCAACAGUGAAGGCGGCAGGCAAACACUGCUGCGGGUCAUCUUUGACAGAACAACAGCUGGACGCCAUGUGUCCAUCAGCAGCUGCCAUCGCCGCAAUUGUCAAGCCUGGCAUGAAGUUUUUUGAUCUAUAUAACGCAUACGCAGAGUGCCAGACCCAGCUGCAGCUCGAGAAGCAGGAGACGAGGCGCGUGAGCAAGGUCCUGGAUGAGAUAGUCCUGGAGGUGGAGUCCAAGGCGCCCGUGCUCAAGCGACAAAGAGAGGAGUACGAGAGCAUGCAGAGGUCAAUGGCUUCCCUGUGCAACAAACUGGAACAAGCUCGCGCUGAGAUCUACAGUCUGCAAAAAGAGAAGGAUGAGGCCAAGCAGAGCUGUGAUGCAAUGGAGAGAGAGAAACUAAAGACUGAGAGACAGCUGGAGGAUACGUCUGCACAGCUGUGCAAUCUUCUGGUUGAGCUGGAGGAGGCACGGGGUAAUCGAGUGUCCAAAGACGACGGCAGCUCCUCCGAUAUCUCCAGCACCUCCGAGGUGAACAGCUCGAGCUCGCUGUCGUUUCGCAGCGUGAUCGAGCUCCAGAGACAGAACCAAAGCCUUAUGGGAAGGCUGCGAGAGCUGGAGGAGGAGAAGGGCAGGGAGCAGGCCAGGGAAACAACAGCGCGCAUAACCGAGCUGGAGUCUGUCGUGGAUAAACUCCAGAAGGAGGUGGAGCAGCUGAGGGAGCAGAGGAACCAGCAUAAGCAGCUUGCAGACUCCAGCGCCAGGCAGAGAGACAUGUUCAAGGCGCUGCUGACUCAGAGCACGGGCUUCAGCUUGCCUCCUCAAGGUCCAGAGUCGUCUCCUCGUCCUUCUGCCCCCGCUACUCGCUCCACUCCUCAGAGAGUCGCUGCUGCAGAGUCGGCCCAGACUGCUCAUACAAAAGCUGCUCUAAAACAGCUCAACGAUGCUUUCAUCCUGUAUAAGAAGGAGAAGGCUGAGAACGACCGGAUGCUGAAUGAGACGAACGACCAGCUGCAGAGGCAGCUGACGGAGCUGCGCUCCAGCCGCGCCAAGCUCACCUCUCAGCUGGACUUCAGUAACAAGAGGUAUGAGAUUCUUCAAGAAACCGUGUUGGCUUACCGCAGAGAGAUCGCCGCUUUACAGACGAGCAACCAAAAAAUGGCCGCCACCGCUCAACGACACGAGCACGUCAUCCAUACAAUGGUCCAGGACCUGAGACAGGCCAAUGAAAAAUUGGCGCUGGAACAGGUGCGUGUGGAGAACCUGACGAAAGAGAGAGACAUGCUGCGGCAGGCAGAGUGUCGCCUCAGUAAAGAGAAGGAGUCCGUUCUGACCGAGCAGCGCAACCAGAACCUGCUGCUGACCAACCUGAAGACCAUACAGUUGACUAUGGAGCGUACCGAGACAGAGACUCGUCAGCGACUUAACAACAAAAUAGAACAACUGGAGGCUGAACUGGCUUCAAUGAAGACCAAGCUGGAGGAGGAAGUUGCACAGAGACAUGCACUCGGACGCACUAUGGAUGCGCAGUUAUUAGAAGCGAAGAAGCAGCUGGAGGCACAGAACGUCUUACAGCAGAAGACCAGGGAGCUGCUGUGUGGCUCUGAGCAGCAGGUGAAUACACUGAAAGCUCAGCUGGCUUCUGCAUCUGCUUCGACCUCUGAAGCUGCUGCUACCUCCGGCAGCGCGGCCACCCCAGUCACCAGAGCUGCUGCCCUCCGGGCACCGCUGAGAGUCCCAGCUGCCUCUCAGCAGCUCAGCCAAUCAGAGCAGGAGCUCUCAGAACUGAAGGCUCAGCUACGAAGUGCCGAGGACCAAAACGCCGAGCUGGCAGAACAGCUAAAGAAUGCUAACACUACGGUUGAACAGUACCGAUCUGUAGUUCUAACUCUGGAGGACAGUCUAAAGAAAGAAAAGGAGUCGCGCUCUCCCCUGGAGGUCCGGCUGAAGGCGUCAGAGGAGCUGCAGAGGCAGCUGGAGAAGAAGAUUUUAGAGGUGGAGAAAGUGAAGCAGCAGGAGCUGGAGGAGCGAAGGAAGGCUGUGGAUGCUGUGGAGAAAACAGUGUGCGAGCUGCAGCGCAGUCUGAAGGCCAGUCAAGCAGAACAACAAGAGGCCCUGGAGAGAGCUGCCGCUGCAGUCACACAGGAACAGAAAGCCACACAGGACAGUCUGUUACAGACCAAGCUAGCGGGAGAGGCGCAGGCUAAGUACGAGCGAGAGUUGAUGCUUCAUGCUGCUGAUGUGGAGGCCCUGCAGCAGCUGAAGAAAACAUCCCAGCAAGAAUCGGCCCGCAGGCGGGAGUUGGAAGAGCAGCUGAAGAAAACUACUUCCCUGCUGCAAGAGAAAACGGCAACCUGGAGCGCAACAGAGAAACGAUUAAAGGAGGAGCUGUCCAGUCUAAAGUCUCGUUUUGAGGAGCUGGGAAAGCAGAACGCUCUCCUGCACCAGCAGAUGGAUGAAAUGGCCACCAGGAGUCGCCAGAUGCAGCAGGAGCAGCAGCUGGACGUGUCACUUAGUGAGGAUGGAAAGACCAAUGAGCAGAUACUGGAGAUACUCAGGUUUGUGCGUCGGGAGAAGGAGAUUGCUGUUGCUCGGUACGAGGCGUCUGAAGGAGAAGCUCUUCGUUACAAGCAGCGAGUCGAGCACCAGGACAGAGAACUGAAGGAGCUGCAGGAGGCUCUGAACGCUGAGAGGGAGAGGAUGCAGUUGAUAAGCAAGACUCUGUGUGAGCAGCAGGAACAGCUGAAGAAGAUGGAGAGCAUCAGCGCUCUCCAAGAAAACAACAGGAUGCUGAAAGCGGACCGAGAUAAGCUGGAACAGGAACUUCAGCAGGCUCAGGCUAAAGUAACAAAGCUACAGUCAGACAUCGCCCCCCUGCACAACUCUCUGUCUAUACUGUCGGAGAAAAAUGGCUCGCUGCAGGCGGAUAAGAGGCUGCUGGAGGACGAUCUCAAACGCUGGAAGGCUAAAGUUCAACACCUGGUUAGCCAACAGAAAGAAGGGGACGCUGAGGAAAAACAGAAAGCGGCAGCUGAAAAAGAGACCCAGCAAAAACGCAUUGCACAGCUAGUGGAAGAGACGGCCAAGCUGAAGACUGAACUGGCCAGAUCCAACGCCAGCAGCAGCUCAUCUCUGUCCCAGAUUCAAGGUCUCAAAGAUUCUGUGGCUCGCCUGACUUCAGAAAAAGACGGUCUUAGGAAAGAGCUAGAAACCAAAAACAAUGACAUUCUGGAGAAGAACAAGACCAUCAAUCAGGUGAAGAAGAUCGGCCGCCGCUAUAAGACGCAGUACGAAGAGCUCAAAGCCCAGCAUGACAAGGUGGUCAGUGAACCUGCCGGACAGGAGGAGCUGAAGAAGACCCGAGAGGAACUGAACACUGUGAAGGAGGAAGUUCAGAAAAAACAGGAGGAGGCUCAGAAAUACCAGCAGGAGUUGGAGGCGGCUCAGAAGGAGAACCAGCAGAUGAAGGAGAAACUUCAGGAGCUCCAAACUCAGCUGACACAGCUCCAGUCCCAGCUGUCUCAGACCCAGACUCAGUUGCAGCAGAACCAGAACCAGCUGGCUUCCAAUCAGAAAGAACAAGAACAAGCCAAGAACCAAACCCAGCUGCUCCAGAGUCAGCUAAAAUCCGUCAAGUCUCUGGCUCAGGCCCGUCACAACCAGAUGCAGCAGAUGCAGAGGGAGCUCCAGCAGACUAAAGAGAACCUGCAGCAGAACCUUGCUAAGCAGAAGGAGCUUCAGCAGGCGAAGGAGGCUCUCCAGCAGAACCUUGCUAAGCAGAAGGAGCUGCAGCAGACCAACCAGGCAACGCAGCAGAGUCACAAUCAGGAGGUGAACACCCUCAAGACUUCUUUGAGUCAAGCUGAAAACAAGAUGACUGAGCUCCAAGGCCAACUGGACAGCCUGCAGAAGACUGUGACCGAGCGUGAAGCAGAGAUUAAGAAUCUGCAGGAGCAGCUAAGUGAAGCUAAGCAAGCGCAGGAAGCUAGCCGAGGAGCGCAGGCCUCCCAGAGCUCCCAGUCUACCCAGGCCAGUGACUCUGCAGCCGCUGGGGACGUCAGCCUGGCUCUACAGGAGGAGCUGACGAGACUCAGACAGGAGCUGUCUGAGUGCAAGAAGAGAGAGGAGCAGCUAAAAGAGGAGAUGGUUGAAAAAGAGGAGAAGAGGAAAAAAAUCAUCCUUGGAGCCAAACAUAAAAUCAGCCAAGUAAACAGCGCCAAAGAGCAGCUCAGUCAGGAGAACGAAGAGCUGAAACAGAGCAAGGAGGAGCUGGAGGUGAGAAUGAACGCCCUGAAGUCUCAGUACGAAGGACGACUUCUUCGACUGGACAAAGAGCUGAGAGAACUGAGAGAGGCACAGGCCCACUCUGAAGGGAGGGAGGAAGCUCAGGACCAGAGCGGAGCCAAGCUGGGGGAUCAGCCCAGACCUUCAGACCAGAGGCAGAUUUCUUUGAAGUGUCCUGCUCAAGACAGGGGAAGCCUAAGUGCCUCUGAGCCUCCCACCGCCAACAUCCGGCCCACUCCAAGUACUCCGUCACCUAGCAACAAGCCAAGUCCAUCCACUGGUAGCAAGGCCACUCCGCGGGCCAGCAUUAGGCCCAUGGUCACACCUGCAGCUGUCCCCAUACCAACACCGACAGCCACAGUGAUGCCCACUACACAGGCGGAGAAUCAAGAAGCACUCAUCAGUACGGGAGCCUCUGUGCACUCCACCAGCUCUGCCCUCAUUACCUCCUUAACUCAGCCAACUAGCACGCAGGCCACAGCCUUUGUUCAGCCCACCCAGCAGCAGGCGGCCAGUCAGGAUGCAGGCUCCAGCACGGAGGCAGAACAGCCAACCACGUCGUCCUCCUCCUCCCCCUGUGUGCCGGCGACAGGUUCAAAGCGAAGCAGAGAAAACGAAGAGGAGGGAGACGAAGGUCGCCCCGAGAAUUCCCAAACGCCCCCGAGCACAAAGAAACUGCGGCUGAAACCAACGAUCGCUCUGCAGAUGGAAGAGGAUGAAGAGCAGGAAGAGGAGCUGGGGGAGGUGGCGGAGCAGCAGGUUUCUCCUGAUGACAGUCAGGAGCUCCCAGAAGAAGGUUUCCAGGUGUUGAGUGAAGACAUGGAGGACGACGGUGUCUCCCAGUCUGUCCCCUCUGACCCCGGCUCGGCUUUUAUUCGAGACGUUAUUGUGAUCGACACGGACAGUGAGAGCCAGAACAGCAAAGAGGGGGACCAGAGAGUGGAGGAGGAGGAGGAGGAAGAAGAGGAAGAGGAAGGGGAGGAAGACACAGGAGCAGUGGCGGAGCGGGAAGACGAUAACGAAGAUGAGGAUCCUGACAGUGGGAUGAGGGGUGCAGGGGAGAGUAAUGAGGAGAGCCAGGAAGCUCAGGAGGAGAGAGAUGAGGGGGCUCCUUCAGAGGGUACCAGCACUGAGGAGAACGCGAGCGAAGCGCCCUCCAGCUCCCAGCGUCCCUCUGACGCCUCACAAAGCGGGGAAGGCACAAGUGGUGGGACAGAGCUCGGAGCUGCUAAAGACUCCCUACACCACCCCCCAACCUGCUCCACCACAUUCUCCCCCUCCUCAUCCUCCUCAUCCUCUCUAACGCCGCGGCUGCCCCAGGCACGCAGGCCUCCGCACUCGCUGCCACCUCGGCUCUAUAUCCAAGCUCCGGCUCCUGAGCUGGGACCCCCACACACACAGCGACAGUCUUCUCAGCUGCGUAGACCAUCAUCGGGACGUGGACCUCAGCUGACACCUGGAUUAGCCUCUAUGCCGUUCUUUGAUGACGAUGACAGAAUGGUUCCCAGUACUCCCACGCUGGUCGUCCCGCACCGCACCGAUGGCUUUGCUGAGGCUAUACAUUCACCCCAGGUCGCAGGCCUGUCCACCAGAUUCAGGUUCGGACCUCCAGAAGAUUUGCUGCAGCCGACAUCAGCUUCACAUUCAGACCUGGGACAGCUGGCGUCUCAAGGAGGUUUGGGUAUGUAUGAGUCUCCUCUUUUCCUGGCUGCUCACGAUGAAGAUGGCGGUGGCAGGAGUGUCCCCACCACACCUUUACAGGUGGCUGCACCAGUGACCGUCUUCACAGAGAGCAUGCCCUCUGACAGUGGCGACAACAUGGCCUCCCAAUCAGUUCCCAUGGUAACUGCCUCAAGUGGGAUGGCUGCUUCUGCAGACGAUGGAGAUGAGGUUUUCAUGGAGCAGGAAGGAGAAGGCCCCAGUAUUGAAAGUUCUCUGGACAGCCAGGCAGACAUGGAGCCAUCAGGACAGCAAAGCGAUGAUGCCUCGCUGCCAUCUACGAGCCAAGACCCUGACACCAGCAGUGUUAGUCAGCCUCGCUCGGUAACAAGCCAGCCUCUGAUGAGCAUCUUCUCAGGCAGAGGCAGAGGAGGAAGGUUCAGUCGCAGAGGAACUUUUCCCCGAGGAGGACGAGGCGGCGCCACAGGAAAAGGAGGCGUGGCCUAAUGUUGACGUCACCAUCGGAGCCGCCGUGAUCUUAUCCAUUACGGACACGAGAAGCAACACUUUGAUCACAAACUCUAUGUUUCAUAAAGUUUUAGGUCAAACUAAAAUCAGUAAUCAAAUAUUUUACAGGAGACAACCAAUUUGUGAGGCUUUCUGAGAAUCCCCAGAUGUUUGUCUGUCUGUAAAAUCCACUGAGUUUAGUUUAAUUUGUAAAGUCCUGAUUUGUUAUAUUUUGAUUUUGUUCUGUUUCUGCAGGUGUGUUUUUUUAGAAUAAAACUGAAUAACAAAUAG